UCCUCUCCUCUCCUCCAGGAGGAAGCCACUACUUAUUAUUAGAUGAAAUUUCUCAUAACUUACACAAGCAUGGCCAUGAGGUCCGCAUGCUCUUGCAGCUGGGCAACCCUGUUAUUACAGGUUUUUCCUAUGCAAGCCGUGCAGACAGUUACCAGACGAGCACCUGGUCCUUAGGAGAGAAAUACAUCAAAGAAUACAAUGGCUGGUUCCUGCAGCAACAAACACAGUUUCUACUGGGAAGGGAUAACUUUAACAACUUUCUAAAAUUCAUGGGGCAUCUGUCCUAUCAGUGUGACCAGCUGUUAGAGGACAAAGAGAUGCUAACUUUCCUCCAGAAGGAGCACUACGACAUCACCAUCCUCGACGCUUUUAACCCCUGUUCCUUUAUCCUGGCACGCAAACUUGGUAUCCACUAUAUAGCUUUCUAUCCCGGCACUCUGAAUGGCCCUCUGUCCAUCGCUCUCCCCAGCCCUGUCUCCUACAUCCCAGUUUUCAGCUCUCAGCUGUCCCACCACAUGAACCUCUGGGGUCGUGCAAAGAACCUCUUUUAUUCUUUUCUGGCUCCUGUUGGUCAGGAACUUGUAUGGUCGACAUUUAGGGAAGUAGCUGAGCGCCACCUUGAGUCAGGCUCACCCCCUGGUGGCCUGGAGGAGUUACAUCAAGGAGCUGAACUCUGGGCCUUCAACACUGACUUUUCUCUGGAGUUCCCCCAGCCUCUGAUGCCCUACACUGUGCUGGUGGGAGGUCUGCUGAAUAAACCUGCCAAGCCUGUAGAGCAGGACCUUGAGACGUGGAUCUCCAGUUUUGGAGAAGCAGGUUUCAUUGUUGUGACACUGGGAUCAAUGGUCUCUUCUGUCUCUGUGGAUCUUCUGCUAGUGGAGCUGGUGGCUGGCUUCUCCAGGAUCCCUCAGGGGGUUCUCUGGAGGUAUGACCCCAAGCGAUGGCCAUCCCAACUGGACAGGCCUCCCAAUCUCAGGCUAAUGGACUGGCUGCCCGUUAAUGACCUGCUGGGUCACAACAAAGCACGUCUCUUCGUCACCCAUGGUGGACAGAACAGCCUGCUGCAGGCAGUGUACCAUGCUGUUCCUGUGCUGGCGAUCCCUCUGUUUGGAGACCAGUUUGAUAAUGUGGUGAGGGCUGAAACAAAAGGACUUGGCCUCACCAUCAAACCCACAGACAUCACUAGGGACCUGUUCAGCUCCACUAUUCAAACACUCAUGCAGGACAUCAGGUUCAAGUCUUCAGCUUUGUCCCUGAGCACGAUCCACAGAUCCCAUCCCGUCCCUCCAGCCCGUCGACUCAUCCAGUGGGUGGAGCACAUCCUGCACAGUGGAGGUGGAGCUCAUUUAAGGCCGGCCUCACUGACGCAACCAUGGUACCAGAGAUACCUGCUGGACCUGGCCCUUCUCCUCUCCCUGGGGGUUCUUGGAGCUCUAGUUCUCUGCUGGACUUUCUGUAGGAACAAGAAUAGCAGGGAGAAACACAAAAAAAUACAAUAG